CGAGCCGGAUAGUAACGGGCCGGGCGGGGGCUGCGGCGCGCCGGGGUUGUUCCGUAGCCAGCCCCAGCCGGCACUCGGGGUUUGAAACCCUUCGGGCUGCUGCCGGGACUUGUGCCGGGCUCGUUAUUCCAGGACAGCUAUUUUGGUCAGUUUGCCUUUGUAGGCAAGUCCUCGCUCCCAGUAACACAUGCACCCCUCUAGUGUCUCCCCAAAUACCCCCUCCAGCUGCACCCUGCCCGCCCCCGCCCCUGUCCUCUUUUGGGAACCUGAAAUAUGACAACUUCACUCAUUAUCGUCAUAGAUCUUUACUGGCUAUGUAACUUUAUUCUGCCUAAUGCCGUUCCUAUUAAAUCCAGUAGCCUAACGUGGUUAUUUUUACAUUUCUACAACUAUCUUUAUUAUAAGUGCUGUGAUAUUUAACGAUAUUGACAGCAUGCUCUUAAUUCAACAGACCCUUCUGCCAUGGAAAGAAUACUUUGUAUUGCAUUGCUUUUUAGCAAUCCCUUUCUCAUUUUCAGGAGCAGUAUUGAUGGAGUGCAGUGGUGGAUCUGUCAAGUUUAAAGUACUGUUCUUUAGAAUAGUAGGUACUGUACCUAGGAUAAGAUGGCUGAUCCUUGGCAACAAUGCAUGGAUUAUGCAGUUACUUUAGCAAGAAAGGCUGGAGAGGUAGUCCGGGAAGCAUUGAAAGAGGAAAUAUCCGUUAUGGUUAAAAGCUCACCAGCAGAUUUAGUGACAGUCACUGAUCAAAAAGUGGAAAAAAUGAUUAUUUCUUCUAUAAAAGAAAAAUAUCCUUCUCACAGUUUCAUUGGAGAAGAAUCUGUUGCAGCUGGAGAAGGCAGUAUCUUGACAGAUAAUCCCACGUGGAUUAUUGACCCUAUUGAUGGAACUACUAACUUUGUACACAGGUUUCCAUUUGUGGCAGUUUCGAUUGGCUUUGUUGUCAACAAAAAGACUGAAUUUGGAGUUGUAUACAGUUGUGUGGAAGACAAAAUGUACACUGGCAGGAAAGGAAAAGGUGCAUUUUGUAACGGUCAGAAGCUUCGAGUAUCAGGACAAGAAGAUAUUACAAAAUCACUUUUAGUAACAGAAAUGGGAUCUAACCGUGAACCGGAGACUUUAAAGAUAGUUCUUUCUAACAUGGAAAGGCUUCUCAGUAUUCCUGUUCAUGGGAUUAGAGCUGUCGGUACAGCAGCUGUAAACAUGUGCCUUGUGGCAACUGGUGGAGCCGAUGCAUAUUAUGAGAUGGGCAUUCAUUGCUGGGAUAUGGCAGGGGCUGGAAUUAUCAUUACUGAAGCAGGUGGAGUGCUGCUGGAUGUAUCAGGAGGACCAUUUGAUUUGAUGUCACGAAGAAUAAUUGCUGCAAGUAGUCGAGCCAUAGGAGAGAGAAUAGCCAAAGAGCUUCAGAUAAUCCCCCUACAAAGGGACGAUGCCACAAACUGAAUACCACAACUACACUUAAGUGUGGUAAUACUAAGUUUGUCAACAGUUGUCACAUACUCUGGGAAUUUAGAAAAUAACUUCCCACAUAAGGUCACAUGUUGCACUUAAAUGAGUAGUAAUAUACUUCUACUGAAUAUAACUUAUUACAAAUUGAUUUCUAAAUAGGGUUUUGAAAUCAGACCCAUUUGAAACUGUUAUAGAACUGGUUCUAACAAAGUUUGCAGUUUGUGUAAAUAAAACAUCAGUUUUAUAUUUCCUAUAUAGUAUUAUAGCUGCUUAAAUGAGUUCAAGGAAAAAAGGACACAAUCCUAUAAAAGUAAUAUUUAAAAUUUAUAUAGCACAUUGGAAGAGAGCAACUAAUGCUCUAAGUCAUGUGUUACAAAGAGAAAGUUGAUUGCUCCUAGUUCCAAUUUUCUCAUGGUUUCCCCCAAUGUGAUCAAGGUUGAUUGUUGCUUAUGAGAUUUUCAUCUGAAGCCUCUAAAUUCUUACAGUGCUAUCAGUCUGUCCAGAAGUUCUCACUGGUGAAGGAAAUGUAGAAGUAGAUCACAUGAUCCCAGACCUCACUUUGGAGACAGUCACAUUUAGCUUUUGGCACACUUCAGGACACUUGUAUAUUAUGACUGUGGAAGGGUGAUUCAACAAUGAUUUCAGUUGCUAUCGCAGGGAAGGUUUAGAGAAAUAUCUAAAAGACGACACGUUUAUUUUUUAGACUUAUGUGCCCAUUACUUCUAUAGACAUAAUUGACCGCUGUUCCUAAAAAAUAAGAUGUAAUGUGGAAGAAGAAAGCUCUGUACGCACCUCCUGUCAUGCCUUCAGGCAAAAGUCUGAGAAAUAAAGUGGGUUUUAUGCUAAAUAGUUAAAAGCAAGACCAUAAGCUGAAUGGAUCCAUUGGUUUCAGUUGAUGCUGCCUCUUGCAUAUUCUCUAUUUGAUGUGUGUGUAGCCCCUAUUAACUGUUUAGGGGAUUUACUCAUACAUUUUCCAGGGGAGAAUCUACCUCAAUGUCUAAAUACAAUUUGAAAUCCAAAAGAUUCUCAUAACUCAUUAACUCUCAUUAACCUACCUCCCAAAAAACCAAGCCUCCCCACCCAUUUUAAUUAAAAUUAAGCCAGUAGUCCAGAUUUUCAUCUUAAUUAUUAUUUGAUAGUUGUGACAGUAAUGACCAAUCAGGAUCAGGGUUCUGUUGUGCUACAUACUGUAUAAGCACAUAUGAGGGCAUAGGUCGAGUCCUAAAAUUUACAAUUAAAGAAAUUACAGUAUUUCACAUCUCAAUGCUAAUUUUUCAAAGCCUUAGGGUUAGUUGUUCUUUGCAGUCUGAGUUAUUUUUAGAAUUAUGUUGAUAUCAGUGGGUACAUUGAACAGUUACUGUACAUUUUAGAGUAAAAUUUAGUCAGUUUGGGGACCGAUUUAUAACUAGGGCCAAAAAUUUCAGAAAUGUCCUCUAAUUUUGGAUGUCUAAUUGAGACAGCCCAAGUUAUGAUCACUUUUGAAAAUAUGUGAUUCUUUUUUAUUUCUUAGUGUGGAAAAAGAUGUUUUGUAACUUAAAAUACAAGCACCAGCAGGUAUCUUGUUAAAUUUCCUUGGAACUUGUACCAGUUAUGUUUUGCUAGUUUUACAGAAAUGUUUAAUUAGAAAUGCCAGUGCCAUGCCAACUUUAAACAAUUAGCCCUAGUGAGAAAAAGAAUUGCAUGAUAAUUCAGGGGCUAAGGAGAAGGAACUCAUUAGCGUUUCAUUUCCUGGGGGCCCUGUAGGAAAAAAAUAAUCAAAACCUUUUGAACUUCACCAAAGCUUCAUUGAUUUUAAAUCUAAGAUAUGAAUGUGAUGUCUUAGCAGGUCUGCCCAAUAUAUUAUCUCCGGGUUUUUGUGAGGAGUUUGUGUGUGAAAUAUGAACUGUGCAGAAGUUCUGAUGUUAAACUGAUUUGUUUUGUAAAAUGGAAGUGUAUAAACUAGUACUUGAUGUGAGAAAUGUAUGCAAUAAUAAAAAAAAAAGAUUGCUUUAUUAGUGGAUCAUCUGAAAAGGUUCUGUACA